CACGUGAUCUAAUUGGCGGGUAAACCUCCACUAGGCCUAUGUAUUAUUGUUUACAAUAGUAUCAAUUCAAUAGUCAUAGAUUAAAAGUACUACUACUAGACAAACAUCGAUACAAAACUAAAACUACAAAAUAUAGAUCUACUUAUACUACUAGACUCUAGUACUAGAGUCUAGAUUACUAGAUCUAUUAUUGAUAUUAUUUAAUAAGAAUAAUAAGUCUAGAUCUCUAUAAUUAUAAUUAAUAAUAAUUAGUAUUAGUCUAUUUAUUAUAUAAUUAUAGAUUCUAGACUCUAAUACUACUGCUAGAUCUAGAUAUAUUAGUACUACUACUUCUGUCUACUACUACUAGAUAUAGAUCUAGACUAGAAGCUGUAAGUGUAAAAUAAAGGAAUAUGGAUGUGAAUGAUCAGGCUGUAAGAGUUAACCAAGUAAAAGAUCAAGUUGGAGAACGUUGUCAGAAAUUGUUUCAAGAUUUCUUGGACGAGUUUCAAGUAGAUGGAGAAAGUAAAUAUCUCUCUGCUGUUCAGGAUCUAUUGCGACCUGAGCGCAACACUCUUACUGUCAGUUUUGAGGAUAUUGAAUCAUAUAAUCAACAGCUUGCAACAACCAUCUUAGAGGAAUAUUACAGAGUCUAUCCAUAUCUGUGUCGAGCUCUUCGUAAUUAUGCUAAAGACUGGGGUCAAAUUACUAGUGGAAAAGAAUUUUACUUAAGCCUCACAGAUGUACCUACAAAACUAAAGGUUAGAGAAAUGACCACAGUCAAAAUUGGGUCCUUGCUACGAAUCACAGGUCAAGUUGUUCGCACACAUCCAGUUCAUCCAGAAUUGGUUAGCGGAACUUUUAUGUGUCUUGAUUGCCGAACAGUCAUCAAAGAUGUAGAACAACAGUUUAAAUAUACACAGCCAACAAUUUGCAGAAAUCCUGUUUGUGCCAAUCGAUCAAGAUUUAUGCUGGAUGUAAACAAGUCAAGAUUUGUUGACUUCCAGAAAGUGAGAAUACAGGAAACUCAGUCCGAAUUACCUCGUGGUAGCAUACCAAGGAGUGUUGAAGUAAUUUUGCGUGCCGAAGCUGUUGAGACUGCUCAGGCAGGUGAUAGGUGUGAUUUUACUGGUACUCUGAUAGUUGUGCCUGAUGUUGGAUCAAUGUCACUUCCUGGGGCAAGAGCUGAGACAUCUGCUAAAGUUAAACAAGGUGCAGAGGGUUAUGAAACAGAAGGUGUUAGAGGGUUAAAAACAUUGGGUGUUAGAGAUUUAACCUAUCGAUUAGCUUUUCUUGCUUGCACUGUAACCCCAACCAAUUCUAAGUUUGGAAGUCAAACUUUCAGAGAGGAAGAGAUGACAGCAGAGGCUCUCAAAAAACAAAUGAGUGAAGAUGAGUGGCAAAAAAUAUAUGAUAUGAGUCAGGAUAAAAACUUGUAUCAAAAUUUCUGCAACAGUCUUUUCCCUACCAUUCAUGGAAAUGAUGAAAUAAAGCGAGGUAUUCUGCUUAUGUUAUUUGGAGGAGUUCCUAAAGUCACUACAGAGAGAACACAUCUUCGAGGGGAUAUUAAUGUUUGUAUAGUAGGAGACCCCAGCACUGCCAAAUCACAGUUUCUAAAACAGGUUGAAGAGUUCAGUCCAAGGGCAGUUUACACAAGUGGCAAGGCUAGCAGUGCUGCAGGUCUUACUGCAGCUGUAGUGAGGGAUGAAGAAUCCCAUGAAUUUGUCAUUGAAGCUGGUGCUUUGAUGUUGGCAGAUAAUGGAGUCUGUUGCAUUGAUGAGUUUGACAAAAUGGAUCCUCAUGACCAAGUGGCCAUUCACGAAGCAAUGGAGCAGCAGACAAUCUCUAUUACUAAGGCUGGAGUUAGGGCAACCCUUAAUGCAAGAACAUCCAUUCUGGCUGCAGCUAAUCCAGUAGGAGGACGAUACGAUCGGUCCAAAUCAUUGAAACACAACAUAAACAUGAGUGCUCCUAUCAUGUCCAGAUUUGAUUUGUUUUUUAUUCUUGUUGAUGAGUGUAAUGAGGUUACUGAUUAUGCUAUUGCUAGAAGAAUUGUUGAUCUGCACAGCCAUUCUGAAGACUCAAUAAAUAGAGCAUAUUCGGUUGAAGAAAUGUGUCGUUACAUUAUGUUUGCUCGUCAGUUUAAACCCAAAAUCAAUGCAGAGUCACGAGACUACAUGGUUGAAGAAUAUAAACGUCUUCGACAGAGAGAUGGCUCUGGUGCAGGUUCAUCAUCUUGGAGAAUAACUGUCAGGCAGCUUGAAAGUAUGAUUCGACUAUCUGAAGCCAUGGCUAGAAUGCAUUUCCAGGAUGAGGUUCAACCACGGCAUGUGAAGGAAGCGUUCAGACUGCUAAACAAAUCUAUCAUCAGAGUGGAACAACCAGACAUUCAUCUAGAAGAUGAUUUGCCUGUGGUUCAAGAAGAGAUGGAAGUAGAUGAAAAUACUGAACCUUCAACUAAGUCUCAAGAGACAGCAGAUACUGAUUCUGCCCUUGUAUUGCCUGCUAGUGGUGAGGCACCUGCUGCUCUGCCAGUGAAAGCUCCACUGAGGCUCUCCUAUGAAGAUUACAAACACAUGGCAAAUUUACUUGUCUUGCAUAUGAGGAAACAGGAGGAAGAAGCUGGUGAAGAUGAAACAGGUCUUAGAAAGAGUGAUGUCAUUGGAUGGUAUUUAACUGAAAUCCAGGAUGACAUUCAGUCAGAAGAAGAACUGAAUGAAAAGAGACUGACAGUAGAGAAAGUUAUUGACAGGUUGAUUCAUCAUGACCAUGUUUUAAUUCAGCUAACUCAGACUGGCCUCAAACCACGUGGAGGACAAGAAAGUGAACUUGUUAAGGAAGAUGACCCAAUAUUGGUGGUCCAUCCAAACUAUACCAUAGAGUAACUCUUUCCCAUUCAGAAAAUGUGUACAGCUAAUCUAAGACAACAUCAAAAUAGUUAAUUACAUUUGUUAUAAUGACAUCUAAGUAAUGAAAUAUAUUUUUAAACAUAAUAUGGAUGAGUUACAAUUGUAUAUUUGAUUAGUUAAAAUUUUUAUUUUUGAUGUGAUUUGCUAUUGUUCUUGAUUGCAUUUUGAUCUGUCAAAUAUGUACAUUGUAGGGAUGUGUAUAUAUUUACAAUUAAAUAUGAAUAAAAUUGGUAUUUCAUCUA